AUGGCGUCUGCCUCCGGAGUUGGGUCGUAUUCGAACCCCUUGAAGAAGUUCAAGCUGGUAUUCCUCGGCGAACAAAGUGUCGGCAAAACAUCAUUGAUCACUCGGUUCAUGUACGACUCGUUCGACAACACAUACCAAGCCACUAUUGGCAUCGACUUUUUGUCCAAGACUAUGUACCUUGAAGAUCGCACUGUCCGUCUUCAGCUUUGGGAUACCGCCGGCCAGGAGCGCUUCCGUUCCCUGAUUCCUUCCUACAUCCGAGACUCGAGCGUUGCCGUGGUUGUCUACGAUAUUUCGAAUGCUAAAUCGUUCCAAAACACGCGAAAAUGGAUUGAUGAUGUGCGGGGAGAACGUGGGAACGAUGUCAUUAUUGUGCUCGUGGGCAACAAGACCGAUUUGAACGAUAAGCGCGAAGUUACCACCGCACAGGGCGAGGAAGAGGCAAAGAAGAACGGAUUGAUGUUUAUCGAGACCAGCGCAAAGGUCGGGCAUAAUGUGAAGCAGCUUUUCCGAAGAAUCGCUCAGGCUCUUCCUGGAAUGGAAGGCGAGGCCAAACAAGGCGAAAGCACAAUGAUUGACGUCAACAUCAAUCCCAAGGAGACGACCAGCAACGACGGCUGUGCCUGUUAAGAUUCCCCGG